AGAAUACGUGUCUUGCCUUUCAAGUAUCACAUAAACAGAGGGAGUUGAGGGUGAGCAGAGAGAAAGAAGAUGGUAGCACGCAGGUUUCAGGUGCUUCACAAUGACUCCGACUUUGAUAUCGAUCACGACACCGAUGACGGCUUCGAAGUCUUUCAAUUCCUACUCUACUCCCUCACUUCUGUUCCACCUCAUCAACAAAAGAUUUAUGGAGCUGAACAUGAUACCCAAGUGGCCACUGACUCUGAUCUCAUCACCAUUUCUGACAAACUACGACUCGUCUCCAUCAACGAUCCUCAACCCCAACCCCAACCCCAACCCGAACCAAGCGCUGCCCAUUUGUUGAAAUCCGAUGAGGAAUUGGCCAGACUCUUACAGGCUGAGGAGGAAGCACUUAUGUUACAGCAGUAUGUGGCCAUCCAAGACACUCAACAAUUUGAGAGUAGAAUACGGCCUUACGUUAGUCAAGUCCUCAUGUAUGAGGAUGCAACGCGCCAGGAAGCUGCUAGGAAGUCCGUUCCUGUGGAAGAGCUCGAGGAGAAAGCUUUGGUCUCUUUGGCCAAGGAGGGGAACUUUGAACCACCGAAAAUAGAAAAAGAUCAUGCUUUCCUGCUGCAGCUGCUUUUCUGGUUCAAACAAUCCUUCAGCUGGGUCAAUUCACCAUCUUGUCAUGAUUGUGGCAACGAAACUGUAGGCCAGGGCAUGACUGCACCACUUCCUUCGGAGACUCUUUAUGGGGCUUCUAGGGUUGAAGUUUAUCGCUGCACCUUUUGCUCCAAACUGACUCGUUUUCCUCGGUACAAUGAUCCAAUGAAGCUUGUGGAAACAAGGAAGGGCCGUUGCGCGGAAUGGGCCAAUUGCUUUACACUUUCUUGUCGAGCUUUUGGCUAUGAGUCACGUCUGAUCUUCGACUUCACAGAUCAUGUAUGGACAGAGUGCUUCUCUCAAUUAUUGGGAAGAUGGAUGCAUCUUGACCCCUGUGAAGGAAUCUAUGACAAGCCAUUAUUAUAUGAGAAAGGGUGGAAUAAAAAAUUAAAUUAUGCAAUAGCCAUAGCAAAAGAUGGAGUUCAUGAUGUCACCAAACGAUACACAAGGAAGUGGCAUGAGGUCCUAUCUCGACGUACUAUGGUUACAGAGACUUCUUUGCCGUCUGUACUCUCUAAUAUAACAAGAGAAUGUCGAAGAGUCUUUUCAUCUCAAGAACUUUCAGUUAUUGAAGCCCGUGAUAUGGAAGAAAACCAACAACUUGAGAGGAGUUUACAUUCUAAAGAUGACGAAUCACUCUCAUUACCUGGAAGAAGAAGUGGGAAUGAAGAAUGGCGCAAAUCCAGAUUAGAAAUUGGUUCUGAUAAGUUUAGUUCUUCAGCUUGCCCAGUUCGUUUGUGCAUAGAUGAGCAUGUGACAAAGAUUUAUAAUGCAUUCAGCCCUGUCCUUCAUCAAUUUGUUGAGGAAGAAUUAACAAAGUCUGAAGCUGUUGAAGUACUCAGAAUCACUAAAGGAAUUCUCUUGGAUCUUUGCAAUUCCCCCUUUAAAACAAGAAGGGCCUCCAUCGAUUCAGUUCUAAAUAACCUGAAAUUUCAGAAACUGUUGCCAUCAUUUGAUGACUUACUUUUUGCUCUUUCACUGGAGAAAAAGGUGAAUACAGAUGGGAGGGUUGAAAUUUGUUUGGCUGGUAACCCUGUAGCAACUUCUUUAGCAUUGACUGUUGCACUCGAUGCUCUCGAUGACAUGAUUUACAAUCUUAACAAGUGUGAAAACUAUGGGAAAGAUAUGUUUCUGUUGCCACUUCUGAAGUUAAAUAGAAUACAUUCCGGUUCAGUCAUUGCAAGUGCGGAGGAGUUGCCUUUUGGGAUUGCAACAUCAGCAUUUGAUGGAAUUCGAAUUUCAAAAUGGGAAGAACCAAAUGGAGCAAGAGGUUGUUGGAUCGUAUACAGAACACUUGACAAAAAGAUGUUUGAGCUUGUGGCAUAUGAGUUGAUGUCAGCCAAUGAUGCACCAGAAAGGGAUCCUAUGGACUGGAUUCUUGAAGGGAGUAGUGAUGAGGGGCUCAAUUGGCAAGUUUUGGAGAAGCAAACCUCUCAGUUCUUUGAAGACCGUUUCCAGCGUAGAACAUUUACAAUUGAUUCUGCAAGUUUUCCAUGUAAUGCUUUCAGGUUUAGGUUUCUAGCAGUUAGAGAUACCAAGUCUAAUUCCCGGCUGCAAAUCGGUAGCAUUGACCUCUAUGCGAAAACCAUAUGAAGUACAGUUUCCAUGCAGUUAAGCAUAUCGAAAAAUGAGGGUUCCACGGUGGAUCCAAGUUUGCCAGAUCAGGUUUCAUCUCAUAGCGGUUAACAUUUUCUUCUUUAACUCCAUUUAAUUUGCUCUGAGCACCUUCAGAAGGACCUAUAAACAUUCAGCACAGAGUUGCGUUUAGCAUUUGCAUAACAAUGAGAUGAAACAAUAUAAAUAUUUACACAACUGACCCUCUAACACUGGUUUUUUAUUCUCAUUUGUUUUAAGGACUGUUGUUGAUAGAUUUUUCCGUUUACGACCCCGCCGGUUUUUCUUACUAUUCAGAUUAGAAUCUUCAUCCAAAAUCACAAUGGGAACAGCAACUUUUUCGCAACAUGCAGGUGCAGGUGGAGGUGGAGGUGCGGCUACUUUCCUGCACCCAGUUUUCGAAAAUAUCUUCACAUAAAACGAAGAGUUUCCAUCAUACUGAAAAACCAAGAAGUCCCCUUCUUCUAAACCUUUCUCCUUAGCAAAUUGCUCCCACCCGCUUUUGAAAACCAAGCGAUCCUCGACUUUCUCCAAGCAAAUAUCAUCCCUAGAGUUUAUAUCUUGGUCUACAAGAGUGGCCUUGCAUGGUGUGGUUCCAUUGAAGAACUUGGUGAAUGAUUUUGGUAUUUGCUGAAACAAGAACAAGUCCUCAGUAAGUGUCACUGUCAGAUAUACACAAUCGAAUUGGCAUUCGAUGAAUUAGCAAAGCAAACCAAAUGAACAAAGAGAACUGAAGCAAGUAUAUCAGCUUUCUUUACAUGCACUAAAUUCAACAUGUUAGGGAAGGACUAAGUAGAUUUUCACGUGGUAAAAAUUGUUACGUGAAAAAAACUAAUGUAAAAAGUUGUUAUGUGAGUAACAUAACUCAUAACAAUCCUUGUGUUAAACUUGUGUGAUCUAUUUAUCUUAAAAACUUUGCCAAUAUAAACUCAAAACCAUCUGGCUCAUGUACCAUUUAAUUUGUCACUAACCGUCGGGGUGAGACUUCG